CCCUCCGCUCCUUCCAGCUGCACAAAAACUCCCAAAAAGCUCCGUGAUCCUCCCGCAGCGCCCCGACGCUUCUACCGGAGGUCCGCCGGUACCGUGAACUCUCCCCGGAGCUCCCGGUUACCGGGCAGAGCAGCGACCGGGCGGCGGUCUGACCGGGAGGAAAGUCCAGAUUUACUGGGAUUAAAGCGGCGGAGGGCGGACCGGCGCGGGCCUGCAGGCGGUAACCGGCGGAGACACACCGAGACACCGGGACACCGGGACACCGAGACACCGAGACACUUGGAUACCGAGACACCGGGACACCGGGACACUGGGACACCGACCUGACCCUCCGCCAGAUGUAACGAGGCGGCUAGCAGGCUACAGGAAGCGGAGAGAGGACACUGUCCCCGGGAGAGAGGCGGUGACUGUCCCCGGGAGAGAGGAGCCUGUCCCCGGCCAGCAUGUCGGCUCAGGCCCGCCUGAAGCGCCUGGAGGAGCUGCUGCUGGAGCAGAAGGUGGCGGGAUGUCUGAGUGUGGAGACGCUGCUCGACCUGCUGCUCUGUCUGCACUCCGAGGUGUCCCACACGCCCCUGAGGAGGGAGAAGCACGUCCAGGACUUCCUGCAGUGGGUGAAGCCGUUCACCACUGCAGUGAAGGACAUGAGGCUGCACAGAGACGACUUUGAGAUGCUGAAGGUGAUUGGACGAGGAGCUUUUGGAGAGGUUGCCGUGGUGAAGAUGAAGCACACAGAGAGAGUUUACGCCAUGAAGAUCCUCAACAAGUGGGAGAUGUUAAAGAGAGCUGAGACGGCGUGUUUCCGUGAAGAACGCGACGUCCUGGUGAAAGGAGACAGUCAGUGGAUCACCAACCUGCACUACGCUUUCCAGGACGACAACUACCUGUACCUGGUAAUGGAUUACUACGUGGGCGGAGACCUGCUGACUCUGCUCAGUAAGUUCGAGGAUCGUCUUCCGGAGGACAUGUCCAAGUUCUACGUGGCUGAGAUGGUGUUGGCCAUCCACUCCAUCCACCAGCAGAACUACAUCCACAGGGACAUUAAACCAGACAACGUGCUGCUGGACGUUAACGGACACAUCCGUCUCGCUGACUUUGGAUCCUGCCUGCGCAUGAUGGAGGACGGCACGGUGCAGUCGUCGGUGGCAGUGGGAACUCCAGACUACAUCUCUCCGGAGAUCCUGCAGGCGAUGGAGGACGGGAUGGGCCGCUACGGGCCGGAGUGUGACUGGUGGUCUCUGGGGGUCUGCAUGUACGAGAUGCUCUACGGAGAAACACCCUUCUACGCUGAGUCGCUGGUGGAGACCUACGGCAAGAUCAUGAACCACGAGGAGCGUUUCCAGUUCCCGUCUCAUGUGAGCGACGUGUCAGAAGACGCCAAAGACCUGAUCCAGCGGCUGCUCUGCUCCAGGGAACGUCGUCUCGGUCUCAACGGGAUCGCAGACUUCAAGAGUCACCCGUUCUUCAGCGCCAUCGACUGGGACAACAUCCGGUCCGCCGAGGCCCCCUACAUCCCCGACGUGUCCUCGCCCACCGACACGUCCAACUUUGACGUGGACGAUGACGUCCUGAAGAACCCGGACAUCAGUCCACCAGUGUCUCACACUGGUUUCACUGGUCAGCACCUUCCCUUUGUGGGCUUCACCUACACCACCGACAGCUGCUUCUCCGACCGCGGCUCCGUCAGCCGGGCGGUGCUCGGCCGCCGGGAGGAGGAGGAGGGAGGAGGAGGAGGAGGAGGAGCGGGAGGAGGAGGUGGAGGUGGAGGGCAGGAGGUGGAGGUGUUCGAGAGGAGGAUCCGCCGACUGGAGCAGGAGAAACAGGAGCUGAACCGCAAACUGCAGGAGUCGACCCAGGCCCUGCAGGCUCCGGCUCGAGGAGGAGGAGGAACGCUGAGUCGAGACAAAGAGAUCAAGAAACUCAACGAGGAGAUCGAACGGCUCAAGAAGAAACUGGCAGACUCUGAUAGGCUGGAGCACCAGCUGGAGGAGGCGGUCUCACUCAGACAGGACUACGAGAGCUCCGCCUCCAAACUGAAGACCCUGGACAGACAGGUGAAGACCCUGAGACAGGAGAAGGACGACGUGCACAAGCAGCUGGUGGAGUCUUUGGAGCGUCUGAGGAGUCAGUCGAAGGAGCUGAAGGAGGCGCACUCUCAGAGGAGGUUGGCCCUGCAGGAGUUCUCGGAGCUGUCGGAGACGAUGGCCGACCUGCGCUCCUCCAAGCAGCGUCUGUCCCGUCAGCUGAGAGACAAAGAGGAGGAGACAGAGCACCUCCUGCAGAAGAUGGACACCAUGAGGCAGGAGAUCCGCAAGACCGAGAAGAGCCGCAAGGAGCUGGAGGCUCAGCUGGACGAUGUGAAGGCCGAGGCGUCGAAGGAGAAGAAGCUGAAGGAGCACAGCGAGGUUUACUCCAAGCAGCUGGAGACGGAGCUGGAGAGCCUGAAGUCUCAGCAGGGUCGGGGUGUAGCAGCGGGGGGGCCACCAGAGUCCCAGCAGGAAGUGUCCCGGCUGAAGGCGGAGCUGGAUAAGAAGGUUCUGUUCUACGAGGAGGAGCUGCUGAGGAGAGACUCGGCCCACUCCUCCGAGAUGAAGAACCUGCGUAAAGACCUGCAGGAGUCUGAGGGGGGGCAGCUGGCCGCCAACAAGGAGCUGCUGCAGCUCAGAGACCGCCUGGACAAGGACAAGAGGGACAGACAAACAGAGAUGGAUGAAGCAAUUUCGGCUCUGAAGGAAAAAUACGAGCGAGAGAAAAACCUGCUGACAGAAGAGAACCGCAAACUGACAGCUGAAACUGACAAGCUGGCGUCUCAGAAUCGGCAGUUGGAGGACGACCUGCAGGACCUGUCCUCUAAGAAGGAGAGUGUGGCUCACUGGGAGGCUCAGAUAGCUGAAAUCAUCCAGUGGGUGAGCGAUGAGAAGGACGCUCGGGGUUACCUUCAGGCUCUGGCCACCAAGAUGACAGAGGAGCUGGAAACGCUGCGGAGCUCCAGCCUGGGAACCAGACCUCUGGACCCCCUGUGGAAGGUGCGGCGCAGUCAGAAGCUGGACAUGUCUGCUCGGCUGGAGCUGCAGUCGGCGCUGGACGCAGAAAUCAGAGCGAAGCAGCUUCUGCACGAAGAACUGAGGAAGAGCAAAGCUGCUAACAACGCUAUGGAGAGUAAGCUGAAGGAGUCAGAGGAGAGGAGCAGGGAGAUCGGGGAGCAGAUGGAAAACCUGAAGAAGGAGAUGGAGGACAGCCGCUCCCGCACAGACAAAGGUCUGAAGCUUCCAGACUUCCAGGACUCCAUCUUUGAAUAUUUCAACACUUCACCUCUGGCUCCAGACCUGACCUUCAGAACCUCAGAUUUGGACUCCGCCCCCCAGAGGUCCGACUCGGCCCCCCCCUCCCCCCUCUCGGAGCAGGAGGAAGUUCAGUCAGUCCCAGCGAGCCCCUCCCCCUCCCCCACCACCCACCAGGGCUCGCUGCCCCCCCCCAAGCCUAAAGCUCAUCAGCUGAGCAUCAGAUCGUUCUCCAGCCCGACGCAAUGCUCUCACUGCUCCUCUCUGCUGGUGGGGCUCAUCAGGCAGGGCUACGCCUGCGAAGUGUGCUCCUUCGUGUGUCAUGUGACCUGCAGAGACCACGCCCCCUUGCUCUGUCCAAUCCCAGCGGAGCAAAGCAAGCGGCCGCAAGGCGUCGACGUCCAGAGAGGCAUCGGCACCGCCUACAAGGGCUACGUCAGGAUCCCGAAGCCGAGCGGAGUGAAGAAAGGUUGGCAGCGAGCGUUCGCCGUCGUCUCCGACUGUAAACUCUUCCUGUUCGACGUCGCCGAGGGCAACAAGGCCUCCACGCCCGGGGUGGACGCCUCCCUGGUCCUGGACCUCAGAGAUGAGGAAUUCUCCGUCAGCUCCGUUUUGGCCUCAGAUGUGAUUCACGCCACCAGGAAGGACGUUCCCUGCAUCUUCAGGGUAACGUGGUCCCAGCUGGCGGUGGGGGGCGGGGUCUCUCUGUUGGUUCUAGCGGAGAACGAGCAGGAGAAGAGGAAGUGGGUCCGGAUCCUCGAGGGUCUGCAGAACCUCCUGAACAAGAACCUGCUGAAGAACCCGCCGGUCCACGUUCUCCACGAGGCCUACGACGCCUCGCUGCCCCUCAUCAAGAACACGCUCUCCGCCGCGGUGCUAGAUCGUGAGCGGGUCGUGCUGGGAACUGAAGACGGGCUUUUCGUGGUCGAGGUCACAAGAGACGUGAUUGUGCGAGCGGCUGACAGUAAGAAGGUGUACCAGAUCGAUCUGAUCCCGAAGGAGAAGACGGUGGCGCUGCUGUGCGGUCGGACCCGGCAGGUCCACCUGCAGCCGUGGGCGGUUCUGGACGGCGCCGAGUCCUUCGACGUCAAGCUGACGGAGACCAAAGGCUGCUCGGCUCUGACCACCGGAGUCCUCCGACCCGGCGGACCCGCCUGCCUGCUGGCUUCCGUCAAACGCCAGGUCCAGUGCUAUGAGAUCACGCGGGUGAAGCCGUACUACAGGAAGCUGUGGGAGGUGCAGGCCCCGGGGACGGUGCAGUGGUUGGGUAUGGUGAGGGAGCGGCUGUGUGUCGGCUACCCGGCCGGCUUCGCUCUGCUGGCUCUGCAGGGAGAGUCUUCCCCCGUCAGCCUGGUGAACCCGGCCGACCCCACGCUGACCUUCCUGAACCAGCAGCCGCCGGACGCCGUGCAGGCGCUGCACGCCGCCGAGGCCGGAGCCAGCGAGCUGCUGCUCUGCUUCAGUCAGCUCGGAGUCUACGUGGACGGACACGGGCGCCGCUCACGCACGCAGGAGCUGAUGUGGCCCGCCACGCCGCUCGCAUGCAGCUCUAACUCCGCCCACCUGACCGUCUACAGCGAAUACGGCGUCGACGUGUUCGACAUCCUCACGGCUGAUUGGGUCCAGACCAUCUCUCUCCGCAAGAUCCGACCUUUGAACCCUGAAGGAACCCUGAACCUGCUGAGCUCAGACCUGCCCCGCCUCCUCUACUUCAGCAACACCUGCUCAGAGGGGGACCUGACCAUCCCAGAGACCUCAGACCACAGCAGGAAGCUGAUGGUCCGAACCCGCAGCAAGAGGAAGUUCCUCUUCAAGGUUCCUGAGGAAGAACGUCUUCAGCAGAGGAGGGAGAUGCUGAGGGAUCCAGAGCUCAGGUCUAAGAUGAUUUCUAACCCGACCAACUUUAACCACGUGGCUCACAUGGGACCAGGAGACGGGAUGCAGGUCCUCAUGGAUCUCCCUCUGGUUUGUGAUGUCACCUCCCUCUCCCCCUCUCCGUCUCCCUCCCCCUCCUCCUCCUCCUCCCGUCUCACGCUCAUCUCCCCCCCCUCCAACUUUGAGCACGUGUAUCACAUGACGUCGGCGUCGGCCGGCGCCUUCUUGCAGAAAGACGCCUCCUCUUCCUCCUCCCAGCAGAGCCUCCUGCAGCCUUCCUCCUCCUCCUCCUCUCCCUCCACCUCCUCCCUGGGAAGGAGUGUGAUGCCUUCCUCUCAGGAUGAGUCCAUCAAAGAUAAGCCACGCCCACUGUCCAGUAUCUCCCGGCAACAAAGAAACAAGACACAGAUCACCCGCACAGCCUCAGAUUUUGGGGGCGGGGCUUCGUCUCGCAGCAUCUCUGAACCAGAACAAGACCUGGACCGAGAGCCGGACUCUCACUCCACCCCGUCUAACAGCUCUAACCCCAGCAGCCCCCCCAGUCCUAACUCUCCCCACCGCAGUCAGCUGACUCUGGACAGUUUGGACCCGGACCCCUGAAGCCCCGCCCACACCGCAAAGCCCCGCCCACGUCGCGAAGCUCCUCCCCUGACCCAGUGUGUGUGUGGGGGGGGGGGGGCAGCAGGCUGAUGAACCAAUCAGGCUGCAGACUUUAUUUUAGAUUUACUUUGAUUUUAUUGUGGCGGGGUGAGUCUGAGCUUCUGCUGCUUUUAUUUUUGUGAGCUGGGAAGCCCCGCCCCCUGGUUUUAAGCCCCUGCUGUUGCUAGGAAACGCUGCUGAUGGCUGCUGUGUAUUUGACCUUUGACCUGUGGGACCACGCUGCUGCUGUCAAUCACCUCUUCUUCUUCUCUUUAUUAAAAGCUCUUCCUGUUUAAGCUUGGCGAGAUGUCUCACUCUGAUGGAAAAACACUGUAUUCAUUUAAAGUUUUGUUAAAGUUGCACAUCGUUGUUGUUGUAGCAGAAUAAAUCUUUGAUUUCCUGUCAGUUACCCCCCCCCCCCCCCCUCCCGGCGCCCCGCCCCCUGACCUCUGACCUCUGGCCAGGUGAGCGGGGGCGGGACCUGAACACUACUGCUUCCUUUCUCCAAAAUCACAAGUUAACGAAUCUUUGUAACGACAACGAAAACAAUAAAAGAGUCU